AUGCGCAGGGAAGAGGGAAGAGCAUUAGACCAAUAUGUGUUAAAACCGAAACUAUGGCGAAGAUACGUGGAUGACACAUUCGUGAUAUGGCCUCAUGGAAAAGAGACCAUCGCAGGAUUCCUAGAACACCUCAAUAACAUAGAGGAAUCCAUAAAAUUCACGAUGGAAAUUGAGGAAAAUGAACAACUUCCAUUCCUGGAUGUGCUCGUACACGAACAGGAAGGAAUUCCUCGAACCACGAUUUACAGGAAGCCAACGAACACAGGUCAGUAUCUCCACUUCGAAUCUAACCAUAACCUCAACACCAAAUUGGGAGUAGCCAGAUGCCUCUAUGACAGAGCAACUCAAGUGUGCUCCAGUCUGAACGAUGAGAACGAAGAAUUCGAUAAGAUCACAGAAAAUCUUGAGAAGAACGGCUACCCCAAGAGGAUACUAGAAAUCGCCAGAACACCGAGGGAUAACACAGAACCUCGACCAGAAACACAAACCGAAUCAACUGAAACGAUAACCACGGUCAUCCCAUAUGUGAGAGGGUUAUCAGAAAAACUAAGAAGAAUUGGUAAUAGAUACGGCGUGAGAACUGCAUUCCAAACUAAGAACACUGUCAGGGCUAACCUAACCAAGUGCGGUAGAUCUUACAUUGGAGAGACCAAACGCCCCCUGGACACAAGAGUCAAAGAGCACCAAAAACUAGCUCGACUGGGAGAAACAGAGAAAUCCAGGCUAGUCCAACAUGCUUGGGAUGAGGAACAUAGGAUCAAAUGGGAUGAAGCUUCCAUAAUAUCAAAGGAAGAAAGAUCGAAACGGAGGAAACUCAAAGAAGUAGCCUUCAUGGCCAUCACUCCGAAUCCCAUAAGUAUGCCGUCUCUGGAGAUCAAGGAAGUCUGGGCACCAAUCAUAAGAUCUGAUCUGAGGAAAUUGAACCCGGUCCAGGUCGGAAGCACCUCGACACCACCAAAUUAA